AUGUGUAGGACUAAAAACGGAAAAAUAACAAUAAUGUUAGCUUUAAGUUUGUAUUUAAGCGUAUUAAUCACAACAGCUAAUUCUCAAAUAUUGAAUAUGGAUAACUCUACGACGGACACCACUACUACUACUAAUAAUACUACUACUACUACUACUAGAACUACUCUUCCGUAUGUGGAAUUGGAAAACAAAACUACUAAAGUAACAUACCCUUCAUUGAGUUAUUGGACCUUCGAUGUCCACUGUAAAUUUCAACCGGACGCAUUUCAAUGUUCAAAGCCUGACCGAUUUGGUGAGAGGUGGUACUACGAUAUUAAGAUGGAAGAUUGCAAGCCUUUUAAAUACUUCCGAUGCAAAUCCAACAAUAACAAUAAUUUUAGAACUUAUGCUGAAUGCAGAGAAUUCUGUCGAGGCAAGUAUUCGCAGACAUGGUGUGUACUGGCUCCAAAUAAACGAAACAUACCUAGAUGUAUAGACGCUGGCCCGCAUGCGAUAGAAAAUGUAUUGCCUGUAAAUGCAGCAUGCCACAUGCAAGCAGAUUUUGGAGAUUGUCAAGAUUAUAUUGAGAUGUUCUACUACGAUAUAUCGGCUAGGAGAUGCUUGGGUUUUGCGUUUAGCGGCUGCGGCGGCAACCAGAACAGAUUCUACAGCGACAAAACAUGUGCAACUGUGUGCACUGCAGGCAUUGAAAACACAGUUGAUUAAACGAUGUUAUGUUA